AGGCGUUGCCGUGGGAUGUAACAAGGGGCACGGCAGUGGAGGACGGACGUCUUGAAGAUGGAUAUGUCCAGGGGGGCUGACGAAGUUGUUGUCAAUCAGUCGACAUGUGCCAUCCAUUACGUGCCGCGAUCGUGGAGGAGGAGGAAAGGGAAGCUAGGCGCCUGUGCGGGUUGUGCCUUGCUUCGGACAUGGAUGGUGCCCCUGUCCGCACAUCGUCCCGGGGGGAACCCUGGCUUCCGCGGCUCAUGAUGCUUGUCGACCGUUUGGCCGCCCACCCCUCUCCCUUGAACGACCCUCAUGCCAGUUUUGUCCUCUUCUGCGACUGCGAGUCCACCCCCAGCCGAGAUGUGACGCUACUCCAGGUCGACACUCCCCCCUCGGCCGGAUUCGGUCAUAACAGGGUGGCACUCUCUAAUAAAGUGCGGCGAUGUUGUUGCUGGCGAAGAAGAAAAAGGGUUCCGGGAGAAAGAAAGCAAGACCCGGGAGAAGAAAAGAUCCGACGACUUCUUUUGUCUCUCUGCCAUGUGUUGACCACGCUGCUUCAACAAGCCAUCAACACCAACACUGCCCCUCUCUCGCCUGAGUUGCCUCGCCUUACCUCCAAGUUUACACGUUUUUUAAUCAGUUGUUGCAUUCCGGUGAUCCGCUAGCCCCAAACUCUUUUUCUUCUUCUUGUGGUCCUAUUCCUGCGGUAACCUCAUCCGACUCCCGAGAAAUCAUGGAGAACCUCACCACUCUCAAGUUGACGGCCGAC